AUGCGCAGCUCCGUGAAGAAGGGGCCAGCCCUGGUCUCCCCCGAGGUCACUGCCUUGGAGAUUACUACGGACCCUCCUCAGGAUCUGCACCCAGCAGCUCUGUCUGCUUCUAGGCCUGUUGCCCACCCCACCGUGACUCUCGGACGUCUGCUUCCUGCAGGGACGGUCCAGCCCGCGGCCAAGAUGUCCUCGGUGGGGAAGGCGACCCAGGUUCCCGGCGGAAAAGUCUACCAGCAGAUCUUCGAGGCUGAGGUGCAGCUGGUCCACUCCCUGGUGAUCUCCAGGAAUCGAGAGGGGGUCCUGAAGAACAGUAGCAAGCCCUUGAUGAAGAAGGUGGAUAUUCCUGAAGGGGAGAUGUUGUCCCCUCGGCAGCACAAGUGGAUGCACAGCCUACCCAAUGACUGGGUCACGGAAAACCCUGUUUUCUACCGGGAAAAGAAAAUAACCGAGAAAAAAAAAGCUCAAGAGAGUGAGAGCACCAUCGCUGCCCGAGAAGUGCGGGGCCUCACGGACACUAUCAUUCCUGAGAGGGUCAGCACCGUCACCUUUCAAGGGGACUACAAGAAGAAGAACUACGAGAACACUCUGAUGAGUUUUAAGGAGGAGAUCGCCCAGAUUGGGAUGGAAAUGGAACCGCUCAUCUUGGAGCCAGGAGCACUUCUUUUAAAAAAGCUGGCUGAGUUUGAUGAAAACAUCAACUGUCUCUUCAAAGUAGUGGAAAAUGACACCAACCUGGUAGACUACAACAUCCAAACCCUGAUGGAGCUAUGGGAUCAGGUGGCCCAGAGGUUCCUGCUCCAGAAGCAGGGGAUUAAGGAGCUGGAUGAGACACUGAACUCGCUGGAGUUCUCCCGGGCAGACAGACUAAAGAGCGUGUUGAAGAAAUACGUGCUGAUCAUAGAGAAAACCUCCUACCUCAUGCAGCCCGAUGUGUACAGGCUGAUAAAUAACGAAGCCAAGGUCAUAAACCAGGCCCUGCUGGGCAACCGGAGGGCCAUCGCGCAGCUGUUCGUCAAUCUGAUGGAGGCCACGCUGAAGCAGGAGCUGGAGAGCCGCCGCCGCUGGCAGAGCCUGGUUGACGGCUGGAAGGCCAGCAAGAAGGAUGUCCUGCUGCAGAGCCUGAGUGAGUUCAUGGCCAGUGAGAGGAUCCAGGACCCUCCAGCUGUGAAGAAGGAGCUGGAGAACAUGCUGAAGAAACAGAGAGCCCUGCAGGGAAAGCGGCUGAGGCACCUCUGCACCAUCUGCGACCUUCUGCCCCCCAACUACAGCAAAGCUCAGCUGGAUGAAUGGUAUUCUUCUCUGGACUCCAUCAACAACAGCCUUGACUCCUACCACACGGACUGCAUGAUGCAGCUCCGCGUACAGUAUGAGAACACCUGGCAGGAGUGCCUGGAGCACAUGGAGAAGUGCAAGAAGCAGCUGCUGGACUGGGAAGCCUUCAGCGAGGAGGAGGCAGAGAGCACGGUGAGCCCAGCCUUCCUGCAGAUGGUGGGAGUGCUCCAGGCCAAGGUGGAGGAGGAGCUGGAGUCCUUGGAAAAAUCCUUUGAGGCCCUAAAGAAGCGGGCAGAGUGGCAGAGCUUGGACCUCUUCAGCUAUUUCCAGGAGGCCGUGCAGCGGUGGGAGGCACAUCAGGACAUGCUGUCUGUGCAGGAGCUGCAGCUCGAUAAGCGGAUGGAGCAGCAGCGCCGGAAGCAUAGCCUGCAGUGCCAGGCCCAGGAGGCCUACCUCGACCAGCUGUUGGACCAACUGAGGCAGCUAAGCACCGAGGGAUCAUUGAAGUUUCACCUGGAAAAGGCCAAAGACUAUCUGAAGAAUGAAAGUAUCACCCACCUACCUCCCAGGUAUGAACAAUUUCAUGUCAUCUUGACGAGAGAAGUGAUGGAGUACUCAGCGAUCAUUCUGAACGAACUCAACUCCUACAGCUCCAACCUCAGCAAACACUUCCAUGUUCGUGAAAUCUUUGAGCAGAACUUGGACGGGGAAGUCACUCUCAAACUCAGGGAACCAGAAGCAUGUGAAAAGGAUUACCAGGAGAGAAUGAGAAAGCUGAGGGGGAAGGGGAGUGCUACCAUGGAAACGAGCAAGGGCGAGGAAAGCACAAGUGGAGGUGAAAGUUUCCCUUGGUCCGCAGAAGAGAUGGAAGAAGGAAAAUAUGGAGAUACCGAACACUUCGUAACCGAAGAGGUCGUGAGCCAGAUGGAAAAAUCUGUACUGAGUGAAGGGACGGGUGUGUCGAAAGAGGACUCUAUUCAGGAAUUAGAAAAAAUGCAGGUUGAAAGAGACAGCUCCUUAAAACCAUCCCUGAGUCAGGAAAAUGUGAUGGUUCAAGAAAAGGAGAAGGAAGAGAAGAAAGAGGAGGAAGAGGCAGAGGAAGAGACUAGAGAGGAGAAGGAGAAGAAAGAAGAGGAGGACAAAGGCAAAGAGGAGGUGGAAGAGGAAGAACCUGAGAGUUUAUUUAUGGCUGAGUCCCAAGCCGAGGAAGAGAGCCUGGGGACCGUAUCCUCUGAGGACAUGGAGUCCUUCACAGUCUCCAGUGGGAACACUUAUUUUGUCUUCAUCCCUCUGGAACAAGAAGAGGAGGACAUCGAGGGGUCCCAAUCCAACCUUUCUGACAUUCUCAUCAACAACACUUCCAAUGCCAAGCUCCUAGAACAAGUACUCAUUCCAUCCAGGCUAGUUGCAGAAGUUAAGAAACAGCUUCGAGCUGGCUUUUUCGAGCACUUAGAGAAGUGGUUUGACCAAUGUUCUCUCAGUGCCCGGGUCAUCGUGUCCACCAAGAUUGACCAGCUGGAUUCAGAACUGGAGCUGCGUCUGCACCUGCACCAGCCAAGAGCAGAGCACAUUGAAAAGGACAUCCACAAUGUCAGGGCAGCCGAGCUCUUGCUGCACCAAGAGCGUUUGGACAGCCACUGUGCCGGGGUGCUGGAGGCGCUCAAGAAGGAGAAGCUGAUGUUCUCCCAGUUCCAAGAGGAGCAGAACAUGAAGACUAAAAACUUCCGCAGCAAGAUCAAUGACAUGGAACACAUCUUCCUGAAUGCCACCAAGAGCCAGAAGCUGGUCACGCUCAGCAGCACCCUGAACCGGGAGCUGCUUAGCUACGUCGAUGUCAUCCAGGUGUCCCUGCGCAGCUUCCGCCAGUACUUGGAGGAGAGCCUGGGCAAGCUCCGCUAUACCAACAUCGACUUCAUCAAGCACAGCAGGUUGUUUUCAGAGGGAGGCAACUUUUCUCCUGAAGAAAUUCAGUCACUGUGUAACCGACUAGAGAAGGAAGCUGCCCGGAUAGAGGUUGUUGAAAGCUCAAUCAUGAUCAACAUGGAGAAGAUGGAGAGCGAAUACCUGGAGCAGGCCAAUGAUUUUAUCAACAAGUUUGAAAGUAAAAUCCAUAACCUGUCUGUGGACCUUAUUUUCUUAGAGAAAAUCCAGCGGUUGCUGACAAAUCUGCAAGUGAACAUUAAGUGUGAGGUGGCAAAAUCUAAUUCACAAGCAGAUGGAUUAAAUGCUUCUCUGGAACAGCUUCAAAGCAAAGUAGAAAUGUAUCGAAACUCAAGGGGAGAUAAAAAUGUAGUGGCCACUGAAGACUUCCAUGGCUUCAUCCAAACUUGGAAAGAAAAACUGAGCCAGAGGAUUCAGUACCUCAACUGCAAGCGGAAGCACGCGUCUAUAACUCAAGUGGUGUUUGCUAGCAGCACCUUAACCGACUUGGACAACGAGAGUGACAUCCUGGUGUCUUCAGAAGUCCUUGAAGAGGAGGCCAAGGUAGAUGUGGUCACCCCUGAGUCCUUUGCCCAGCCAAGCCGCAUGGGGAGGCCCAUGAUUGAAGACCCAGCAAUCGAUGUGGUCAAGAAGAUCCUGCAAUUUCAGGACUCAAGAUUCUCAGUUUUCCCAGGUGACAAAACUCGAUGGCCGACAGGUAAAAGCAAGCAGGCCUGUGAGUCGCAGGGCACUGGCAGUGGGGAAGCCAAUGGUGCCACCUGGUUCUACUCACCUGGGGUCCUCUGUUCUUGUCCUGGGCGAUUGUCACCCAAAGGCUUCAAGCGACACCGGAACCAGGGAGAACACUCUGCAAAGACCUUGUCCAGUGCCAAUGCCACCUCAGUAGGGAGUGUCACACGGUUUACCAAGCCCAACAGAAUAGACAGACGGUACCAGGUGCUCUGGGACAGGCCACGUAGUCAGGCCGAGGAUUUUAAAGGGGUCAUCCUGACCCUCCUCUGGGAUAUCAGUGAGCAUCUGAUGAAUGUCAUAGAGGAGUUCUACCGCAGGGAGAAGCGCUCGGUCACCAGGCCCGACUGCAUGUCUGAUACCUUUGAGCAGUGUAUGGAGAGCGUCUGCAAGAAGAUCCUGGAGUACCAGAACCAGACGGACGACUACCACAACUCCUGCCUCAUAGAAUUACGCGCCCAGAUGCGGAGAUUCGAAGAGCUGCUGCCCCAGAUGUGUUGGCUGGUGAUGGAAAAUUUCAAGGAGAUCAACUGGCAAAAACUUUGCACCUCCACCAGAGAGAUCCGGGAACAGUUCUCGAAUUAUCACAAGCAGCUGGAGAAAAGGAAGGAUAAAAACGCCCAGAGUCUUCAUCCAAAUCUUGGACACCCUAUACAUUCAAAAGUAAUGGAGUCUCUGUGUCUAAUGGAAGAGAAAAGACAGAAAGAAUUGGACAGCAUGAUUAUGACCACCAAGGAGAAGCUGGAGGAAUGCAUCAGGAAGUGCGGCCGGUUAUUCAUAACCAGCUUGGCCAGCUUCACCGAGAAGUUCCUGCUGCAGCUGGAUGAAGUGGUCAUUGUCGAUGAUGUCCAGGUUGCAAAGAUGGAGCCCCCUAAACAGAAAACAUCAAUUCUCAUUCGGAGGAAACUUGCUGGGCUAUCCCUGGAGGAAGAGAGUGAGAAGCCUCUGAUCGAACGGGGCAGCAGGAAGUGGCCUGGAAUCAAACCCACCGAAGUCACCAUCCAAAACGAGAUUCUCCUCCGGAAAACACCAUCAAUCACCACCCUCAAAACAACGCUGGGCCACCUGGCGACCGUGGAAGCCCGAGAUGAUGUCUACCUGAAAUAUCUGGCCUUGUUUGAAGAGGAGUUGAAGAAGAUCCAGGAUGAGAACACCAUGCAGGUGAAUGAGGCCCAGCGCUGGAAGAACAGCUGGAAGAGAUCCGUGGAAACCCUCCAGGGCCUGUACUAGCGAGGCCCUCAACUCACCCCAAAUAAAAGCUCCUUUUGUAGGAACUGCUUCUUGA